AUGUCUCUGUUUGGAACCUCGCCAGAGGAACCUUCUGCGGCACCGGCCCAGAGGUCUAAAUCCUCGCUCUUCGCAGACGAAUCCGCCGGCGGCUCCUCCCUCUUCGCGGAUGACGACGGUGAUGAUAGCUCCUCCACUCCCUGGAGUCAGAACAAUACGUUCAAGCGAACUGCUCGCCGCGAUCUGGUCCGCACUCUGCUUCCCGUUACCGAUGUCCCCGAGAGCUAUGUCGACGCCUACGAUCUGAUACUCAAUAGUGGGGACAGGGUCGGUUCCGGAAUCGGCCUGACUUCGAUUAGGGAGAUUCUGUCGAGCAGUGGCCUGACAGCGUCGGAUCAGGGCAAGAUCCUCAAUCUGGUCGUGACUGGCGAUCAAGAAGAUUCUGGAGGGCUGGGUCGUGCCGAGUUCAAUGUCUUGCUGGCGCUGAUCGGGCUGGCGCAAGAGGGGGAAGACCUGUCGUUUGAUGCCGUCGAUGACCGUCGCAAGAAGCUUCCUCAGCCUAAUAGCAGCUUCCUCAACCGGCUACGAACAUCCAAUAACACGCCCUCUGAUCCCACAGAGGGACGACCAAAUACACCCCCGCCCCAAGUGUCACCAUUACAAGAGCCAAACUCAGCGCGAUCGCGGCGCUCUCGACGGGGAUCUUUGGGCCUGGGCGGCGGCUUGGAAUCAGACCCAUGGGCGAGCCCAGAAUUGCACCGCAAUCACAACCACGAAGCAAUCACCACCGAAGAGCGCGUCAGGGAUGGCUUCGAACGCGUCGUAAAUGGCUUUGGAAGUAUGCGCUCUACAACAAAUGCAUGGUCCGGAGGGUCUGGUGCUAGAGUGAUGGAAGAGGCCAGACAGAGCGAAGAACCACAACGUCAGCAGCAUACAAAUGGUCGGACCGAGGCAGCGCCGCCCAGCAGCUCCGGCUCUGGAUGGGGGAGCAACAUUGGUGGGCCGCCUAGAGAUGAUACAUUUGGUGUUGGACAGCCCCCAGCCCUCGGUGGUUUCGGACCUCCUGGUGACGAUCCUAGUGAGAUCGGCCCCCGGCGUCGGUCUUUCGGUCUCUCACGGCCUACGAAUCUUCAGGUUGAAGAAACCGUCUCUAUCACCCUCCUCCAGGAGAAGGAGGGCAUGUUCAUGUUCCAACAUCGAAACUACGAGGUCAAGGCGCCACGACGAGGGAGCACAGUCGUGCGGCGGUACAGCGACUUCGUCUGGCUCCUGGACUGUCUUCAGAAGCGAUUCCCCUUCCGACAGUUGCCCCUCCUCCCGCCCAAGCGCGUGUCAGUGAAUGGUACUCAUUUAUCAGCGGAUUCGACUACUUUUCUGGAAAAGCGGCGCCGUGGACUUAUUAGGUUUACCAAUUCUCUCGUUCGACACCCCGUACUUGGCCAGGAACAGCUGGUGAUUAUGUUCUUAACUGUUCCCACUGAACUGUCUGUGUGGCGCAAGCAGGCCACCAUCUCCGUGCAGGACGAGUUUGUUGGCCGUGCUCUCCCACCUGAUCUGGAGGACUCUUUCCCCGCUACUCUCGAUGAGACCUUUGAAACUGUCCGCAGCGGCGUUCAACGAUCUGCAGAAAUUUAUAUCAACCUGUGCACUCUACUCGAGCGACUAGCCAAGCGCAAUGACGGUCUAGCGGCUGAUCAUUUGCGAUUCUCCCUGGCUCUGCAAUCGUUGACCGAGGUCACCAAGGAUACAUAUUCGAUCGACACCAAUGAUAUCCCCGCACUGAACACUGGAAUCACCGCGACUGCCCGGCACCUCUCGGCCAGCCAAAGUUUGCUAGAAGACGAGGCUCGAGCCUGGUCGGACGGUGUCCUCGAGGAUCUGAAGCGCCAGCGAGACGUCCUGGUCAGUGUACGGGAGAUGUUCGAUCGGAAGGACCGAUACGCGCGAAACAAUAUCCCGCAGCUCGAACGCCGCAUUGAAGCCAGCGAACGCAAGCUGAAGGAACUUCGUGCCCGACCAGCCGGAUCUGGCAAGCCAGGCGAGAUUGAAAAGGUGGAGGACUCUAUAUUCAAGGAUAAAGAGUCAAUCGUGCAGCAACAUGCGCGAGGCGUGUUCAUCAAGGAGUGCAUCCGCGACGAGCUCAUUCACUUCCAGUCGAGCCAGUACCACAUCAGCCGUCUGCACCAGGACUGGAGCCAGGAGCGAGUCAAAUAUGCCGAAUUGCAGGCAGACAAUUGGCGACAAUUGAGUGAUGAAGUAGAGGGGAUGCCGACGGGAGAGUAA